GUGCCAGCCAAACCCCGUGUUAUUUUCAAAGAGACAAACAACACACACACACAUACACACACAAGCACAUACACACACACGCACGUCCUUCCCUCACCAUGUCUAAGUCGGAAGCCAAACACAGCCUCCUGGAGCAGCAAUGCAUGCCACAGGAAAAAUACUCUCUUAAGAAAUGGAAAUACUUCUUCCUGGGCUUGGUGACGAUUAUUGUUCUGGUUCAUCUAAGUGUUGCAGCAUGUCAGCUGUACAUGUCAUCCAGCCAAGUGGUGACUGUGUCCAGUGGCCGGCUGACACACUGGUGGCCAGAGCCUCCGCCACACAACCAGGUAGCCAGGGUGGCUCGAUAUGUGGUGCACACUUCCGACUGGUGUUCCAUCUCCACCAUCUCCACAGCCGACCCUAUCAAGGGCUACCCUUUUGGCAGCAUCCUCAGUGUCAGUGACGGCCCUGUGGACAAGUCUUCCGGCACUCCCUACGCUUACAUCACCCGCCUGGACCUUUGCGGCAAGGACUUGCUGACGGAUGAUCGUGCCUCGCUGGCCGUCUCUGAGGCCCAGUCUGAUUACUGCAAGACAGUUGACCUUGACCCGGAAGACCCUCGGUGUGCCCGUGUCCUCCUGUCAGGCACUGUGGAGGAGCUAAAGAAUGGAACAAGUGAAGCUGAAUUUGCUAAAGAAGCUUUGUUCUCCAGACACCCUGUAAUGAAGACUUGGCCACAGAAAAAUCAUAACUGGAUAUUUGUCAAGAUGAACAUCAAGAACAUCUACGUCUUUGACUAUUUUGGUGGCGUCAGGAACGUGGCUGUUGAGGAUUACUACAAUGCUGAACUGUGAGUGUUGAGUGUCCAGCAAACGGUGU